CUCCGUAUAGCUCUGGAUAUACUAAUGGUUUGUAUGCUGGUCUUACUGGAUACAAUGCAAUGAUGCGAUAAAAUCGACAAGAUAAUUUCCUAAACUGUUUUAUUAUGAUAAAGAUAAUAUGAAAUUGGAGAAAAAAGAUGAGUAUUUUUGUUUAUUCUGGUGAUGGAACCCAGCGAGUCGACGAGCUGUAUGAUUCGUUAAAAGAUGGGUUGAAGCAGUUAAAAAUGAACCAUGAUGUCAAGCUCAUCAAUGCUGCCGAUAUUCAAAGUUGCUUACGGCAACCAUCAGCAAAGUUAUUUGUUCUUCCUGGUGGGCGGGACAUGCCAUACGUUCGAGACAUUUCAGAAGAUGCUAUUGACUGCAUUAACGAGUUCAUCUUAGGCGGAGGCUCCUUUUUAGGGUUAUGUGCAGGCGCGUAUUUCUCCUGCAGUUAUGUAUCCUUUGAGGAAGGAAAACCACUUGAAGUGAAGGGACAUCGGGAACUUAAACUUUUUAAAGGUACAGGAAAGGGGUCUGUAUAUCCCGGAUUUAUGUACAAUUCCACAAAAGGAUCUCGAAUAGCAACUUUGCAAUGCGAAGGAAAACUAAAAGAAUCGCUUGGUAUGACGUCAUAUGCUUAUUUUAACGGUGGCUGCGAGUUUAUACCUGAUAAUGAAGAAACAAAUUACGUUACCUUGGCUACCUAUCACGACACUGCAAGCAAAAAAGCUAUUGUCGAAGUUCCGGGAGGUAAAGGCAAAGUAAUAUUAUCUGGUGUGCACCCAGAGAUGGAUGUUGAGUAUUUGAAAGCAACAGAGUAUACUUCUGGACAAUGGGAGGACAUGAACAAAUAUAACGCAGAGCAGAGAAAACUGUUUGUAUGGUGUUUGAAAUAUUUAUUGGAAUAGGUGAAAUAAAUAAGACUUUUCCUGUAGCAUAAAUAUCAAGCAAAACAUAAACUAACUCGGAA